AUACACCUGUACUCAAAGAAGUGAAGAACCUUGAAACUUUUCAAAACCUUGAACUUAAUGCCACUGCCUCUGCCUGGCUCCUUCCUCUCACCAUCCUAGGGUUUACACAGAGGUUUUCACAAAGGUUCUUUAAAUGGAGGAUGCAAUGGAUGACUUAGAACUGGUUGACAUCAAGAAAGAGAGUUUGCAUAGAUGUCUCGAUCAACUGCAUGCACAAGCCUCUUCAAUUCUUUCAUUCACUCUUAAAUGGAAAGAUUUGGAGGCUCAUUGUGAAUCCUCGAAGGCUUUUCUUUUAAGGAAAAUGGAAGAACUUGCCUUGCUUGAGAAGAAAAAUGUUGAAAUGUUGAAAAUGGUUGAGGAACGUGAGGAGAAGUUUGAAAUUAAGGCCAAAAAAUACGAGGAGUGUAUUUCUGAGCUGAAAAAUAAGGAAAAACAGUUGGGUUUGGUGAAAAAUUGGAUUCAAGAAUGUGAUUUGGAGUUGAAAACUCGGCGGGAGGAAUUAAAUUUGGUUCGACAAGAGGUUGGGGAUUGUAAUGUGGUGCUCAGUGUGAAAAGAGAGGAAUUGAGGUUGGUGCAGACACAGAUUGAAUCGAAGGAAAGGAAUUUGGGUUCGUUGGAAAAGUUACUUGAAGAUCAUUGUAGGGAGAUUUUUGAGAAAGAUGAGAAAUUGGGAUCUUUACAGAAGUCGGUCGAGGAACGUUUGAAGGAGCUUGAAUUCAAUGAGAAGGAGGUAGAAAGGGUAAGAAAGUUGAUAGCGAAUUGUGACCGUGAUCUUAAGUUCAAACAGAAGGAGUUACGAAAUGUCAGGAACUUGAUCAAUGAUUGUAAUAAGGAGCUUUCGUCAAAGGAGAUGGAUUUGAAAAUGUUGCAGGUGAGGAGUUCUGCUAAAUUUGUUUCAAAGAAGGACGAACUAGACGGAAUAAAAAAAUCAAUUGAGUCCUCGAAGGAGCUUGAUUUGAAAAAGAAGGAGCUCGACAGAACUAAAGAAUUGAUCCAGGAAUGCGUAAAAGAGCUUAAUUCUGAACAGAGGGAACUGAGUCUAAUAAAGAAAUCAAUUGGGGAGAGCUCAAAAGAGUUUGAUUCGAGACAGAACCAUCUUGGAUCAAUCAGUGUGUUGAUUGAUGAAUAUACAGAAGAACUCGAAGCCAAAGAGAAGCAACAUGAUGCAGUGAAGAAGUCUAUCAAUGUGCGCUCUGCAGACCUCAAAUCAAAAGAAACAGAGUUGAGGUCGAUUGAAGAUUCUAUCAAAGAGCUCUCAGCAAAGCUUAAACAAAAAGAGGAGAAAUUGGAUUCAGCUCGACAACGUGUGAAACAUUGUGCCAUAAAAAUUGAAUCAAAAGAGGAGGAGCUCAAUAAAAUCAAAGGAAGAAUGAACACAUAUGAUAAAGAGCUUGAAUCGAGAGAGAGGGAGUUUAAUGCCAUUCAAAUGUCCAUUGAAUAUCGAAAUGAGGAACUUAAAGGGAAGGAGAGGCAACUGAAAUCAGUCCAACUAUUGAUAGGGGAAUGUGAGAAAGAGCUGAAAGCAAUGAAGGAACAGAAAAAUUCCAUCCAAAAAUUAAUUUUAGAAUGCUCUGAGGAGCUCCAAUCAAAAGAGAAGAACCUUAUUUUGGCAAGGGAAUCUCUCAGAAAAUGCUGUGAUGAUCUCGAAUUGAAGAAGUUGCAGCUGGAUUCAAUUCAAAGAUCUUCCCAUGAGUCGAACAAAAAGUCUGAAGAAAAAGAGAAACAUCUCAGUUCACUAGAAAAAACAUUAGACGAACGCUUGACAAAUCUUGGAGUGAAGGAGAUGCAGUUCGAAGAACGUGUCAAUGAGAUUGAAUUGAAAGAGCAACAAAUGCGUUUAAUGCAACAAUCAGUAGAAAAAUACCGUAAAGAUGUGGAGUUGAAAGAGCAGCAAUUAGGUGGCACCAUCCUUUCUUCGCAUGUAAGGGUUGACCAAACUGAAAAUGUUAGAAAUCCAAAAGAUGUUUCAUCUUCAACUUUCCUAUUUAAUGCCACCACCAGCGACAGGAGUUCACCAGUGGUAAAUUUUUGUGUAAGCGAACAUGAUCUGAUGCACCAUGGAGUUCCAGCUGAACCAGCAAAGGUUGUCUUGGAUAUUGUCCAGAAUUGGAAGAAAGGAGUUACAGGAUUUGAUGCAAGUGUGAACAGGGAUAAUGUUGUUCUAUUGGAGCAGCUAAUGAAGGUCUCGCCAGAAAUAAGUCCUCGUGUGAAAGAAGCUGCAACAAAGCUGGCGGUUCUAUGGGAAAAAAAUAUAAGGUUGGAGACCGAGGAUUCUAUGGAAGUGUUGAUGUUUUUGCUGUUUUUGGCUGUGUAUGGACUGGUUUCUUGUUUUAGAAGAGACAGAAUUUUAAGACUUGUUAGAGUCAUUGCUCAGCAAAAACAGGCUCCAGAAAUAUUCAAGGCCCUGGGUUUUGCAGAUAAAGAUCUGGCUCCGGCUUUUAUUGAGAAUCUUAUUGAAGAGAAGCAAUAUGUGGCUGCUGCUAGAUUUAGUCUUGCAUUUGAGCUUGUCAACAGAUAUCCACCAGAAGUCGUCUUGGGAAAAGGCGUGGAUGCAAUGAAUGGUGCAUCGGCCUCCGAGGGAAGAAAUAAUUCAAAUGAAGCGCAGCGCAAGGCCAUUGACAAAGCAAUAUCUGCUCUAAGUUCUAUUUUGGAACUUGUAGCAGAUUACAAAUAUGAAUCCAAAUAUGUGACUGAGGACAUUAUUCGUUCCAUUUCUUACCUGGAAAAGAAAAGGGAAGGCUGGGCAUGCUCUCUGCAAGCUCCUAACUCCGUCAGCAUUUCUUGCCCUGCUGAUCAGCCAACUUCUGCUCCCGUUGUCCAACCACAGCUACUGAAUCCAAACCUCUGGAAUCAACUGCAACAACAAGAGAUGCGUUUUAGGUCUGAUUUUCCUGUUGAUAUCUCUGGAGUAAGGAAUCAGUCGGCUUCUGCUCCCAUUAUGCAACCACAUCUACACAACUCAAACUUCCAGGACCAAGAACAACUGCAAAAUAACAAUAAGCGUCCAAGGAUAGACCUGUUAACUGAUAGACCACAAGUUACUAAAGAUGUUGCAGCUUAUGGAGGUGCAACUCAGUUUUUCACUGCUACAAACCACUUUGGAGCCUCAGACUUGAAUGCUCAACAAUCAAAUAUUGCUGGAAGACACAACUGGUUCCCCACCUGGCAACAAUGGCCUCCCGCCAUCGGGUUUCCGUCUCCUUUGCUGACUCCUGUAAACCGACGCCAAAGAGGAAAAAUUUUCCUUAUAAAAACCCUAAAAGAAAGAAAACAUCCUUCCGUCUCCUUUGCCUUUUUCUUUCUUUCAACGAUGGAGGAGAAAGUUUCGAACGAGUUGAAAAACAGUGAGUUAAAGCAAGAAAUAGUACGCAAAACUAUGAACGAACUUCAAGAAAAAGCUUCUUCUGUUCUGUUACUUUGUUUACAAUGGAAGGAAUUAGAGGAUCACUUUGACUCCAUCAGGGGUUUGAUCCAGGCGGAGAAGGAAGAGGUUGAGAGGACGGAGAGAGUGGUUAGGGAGAGGGAGAGGGAAGUCGGAGUGAAAGAGAAGAGAGUGGAGGAGUUGGUUAACGAAGUUAAGUUUAAAGAUCAGGACUUUAAGGAGUGGAGAAGAGAGCUUGAGUUGAAAGAAAUAAAUUUUGGGCAGAAAGUCAGAGAACGGUAUGAUGAAAUUGAGAUGAAGGAGAAGAAAGUUGAGGAAGAGUUCAGAGAAGUUGCAUUGAGAGAAGAGAGGGUGGUGAAGAGAUUUAAAGAGGCUGAAGAGAAGGAGAGGAGGGUUGGCGAGUUGUUUAAGGAAGUUAGGGUGAAAGAUGACGAGUUUAGGGAAUGGAGAAAAGGGGUUGAGUUGAAGGAGAAGGAGCUUGAGUUGAAAGGUAGGGAGGUUGAGGAGAGGAGUAAAGAGAUCGGAUUGAAAGAUAGGAAUGUUGAGGAGAGUCUUAGAGAGCUUGGAUUGAAAGAUAGGAAGGUUGAGGAGAGGAUUAAAGAGAUCCGAUUGAAAGAUAGGAAGGUUGAGGAGAGGCUUAAAGAGCUUGGAUUCAAAGAUAGGAAGGUUGGGGAGAGGCUUAAAGAGAUUGGACUCAAAGAUAGGAUGGUUGAGGAGAGGCUUAAAGAGGUUGGAUCGAAAGAUAGGAAGGUUGAGGAGAGGCUUAAAGAGUUUGGAUUGAAAGGUAGGGAGGUUGAGGAGAGGGUUAAAGAGAUUGGAUUGAUGGAGAAGAAUGUUGGCAAAAGGAGCGAGGAAGUUGAAUUGAAUAGGAGGAAAUUAGAGGAAGGAUUUAGAGAACUUGAGUUGAAAAGGAGGGAGGUUGAGGAGAUAAUUAAAGGGGCUGAGUUGAAGGAGAAGGAAUUGGAGGAACGGUGUAGGGGGUUUGAUUUGAAAGGGAAGGAAUUUGAAGAGGUUCAGUUGAAGGAGAAGGAACUAGAACAGAGGUUACGGGAAGUUGAAAUGGAAAAUAAGAAGUGCUUGGAGCGAAUUAAGGAGUUUGAGUUGAAGGAGAAACAAGUUGCUGAUGCUUGUAAUGCCCGUGUGAAGACGGAGACAGUAGAUUAUUCUAUAGAUGCUAACCUACAUUUUUCAGUGAAAAUGGAUGGAAAGGCAUUGCAAAUUUUAUUAAAUAAGCGUUGUAAACAUGAUGAGAAGAUGAAGAAUGAGGUAUCUACUGCUUUGGGACUUUCCUCGGAUCCUGCAAAGCUGGUUUUGGAUGCAAUGGAAGGGUUUUACCCGCCCCAUUUGAGGGAGGGUGAUGUGGAGUUCAAAGAGGUUGUUGUGAAAAGAAGUUGCAAUCUUUUGCUUGAGCAGUUAAUGAAAAUAUCCCCAACAAUCAAAACCCAUGUGAGAAAAGAAGCAACGAAACUUGCCUUUCUUUGGAUGAUAAAGAUGUCAGUGGAUGGUCAACACAAUUUGGAUGUUUUGGGUUUUUUUAAUCUGUUGGCUGCUUAUGGACUGGCCUCUGCUUUUGAUUCAGAUGAGCUCAUAAGCCGUCUGGUGAUUAUUGCUCGAAAGAAGCAGACUCCUGAAUUCUUGCGUGUCCUUGAACUAGGAGAUAAAGUUCCUGGUUUUAUUCAAAAUCUAAUCUUAAAGAGACAGCCAAUGGAAGCUAUCAGAUUCAUUUAUGCAUUUGAGAUGGUUAAUCAGUUCCCACCCGGACCUAUCUUGAGGGAUUACUUAAGUGGUUCCAAGAUUGCAGCCAGAAAAAUAAAGAGGAGGAGCAAAUCAAUUGAAGGACUGGUUGAGUCUGUAAAGAGAAGAGUAGCUGACCUAAUGGUUGUACUGAAAUGCGUUGAAGAUUACAAGCUUGAAACUGUAUUCUCACUAGAUACCCUCAGGCAACAAAUAAAAGAUGUCGAAAGACAACUUUCAAUUAGGAAAACAAUGUUACCAAACCUGGGCAGCAAUUCUCCUCAGCCUAAUCUGAGUGAGAAGAAACGUUUGGCCCCAAAAUCUGCUGCUUCUGCCUCUGUCCUCUCAUCCAAAUCUGUCUCUGCCACUAAACCUGCUCUCAAUUCCACGAUGGCUGCCUGUCCUUCUACCUCAACUGCUCCCAUCACAGUCACCUCCCCCUCUCCAACUGUUGCCUACAUUGCUUCCCCAGUCACUGUCACCUCUCUUGCCCCAUCUACCUCCGCUAUUGCUAAUCCAGUCGUCCCUAUGAUUGUUACUUCUCCCUCCACAACAGCUGCAGCCGCUGUUACCCCAAUAGCUGUCGCCUCUCCCGCCUCUACUGCAUCCAUUACUGCCUCGACUACCCGAAGUACAGUUGUCCCCCCCUCCUCAAGCAGACCUUCUGGCUCAAUCCCCAAGACUGAACCACAAUACCAGGGCGGAAAUAAACGCUUUCAAGCGCAGUACCAGGGCAGUGAUAAGCACCCUCAAGAACAACACCAGAGUGGAAAUAAGCGCCCUCGGAUUGCUAAAUCACCAGAGGUUCCUCUAAGAGCACCAUCACGUCAAAACACUGGCUUUGCACAGUCGGUGCCUGUCCCUCAUCAGCGAGCAGAAGGUCCUUUUAUACAUCAAAAUCCAUCUGGCGGACACUACAAUUGUGCUGGUUAUCGCCCACCAAACCCACAGAUGAGCUCCCAUUAUAAUUAUGGAUAUCCAUAUUAUCAUGAGAACACAUUUGGAAAACCUGGAUAUGACAGUGCUGCCCCCUUUCAGCGGCCAUAGAAUGUUACAUGAAACUCUUGAUGACAUGGGGCUGGUUAAAGUAGGUGAAGAAUUUCUUAAAAUCAUCACGGUAGUCAACAAACAGAUGAGUAAAGCUUCAAGCAAAUUAGCAAUUUAGUGACAAUUCCUUUUGGUAUUCUAGUAGCUUAUAGCUAGUUAACCUUAUAUUGUAGGACUUUGAUGCCUUUGCUCAAAGAUUCCAACGUGCCAAGAAGAUUAAACUUUUUGCAGGUGGGGCUCCACAUAAUGUUAAUAGUGAUUUUUUGCCUUGUAUGGUAGUCUUAUCUGCUGUACAGCUUGGUGUAUAUAAUCGACUUAAUGGUCUGGUUACCUUGGAGAUUUGGGAU